GCCAAAAUGCAAACGAAACAGUUUUCCUCCCUCCAAGAGCACACGGAACGCAAGCAGAGGCGAAGCAACACAACGCAACCGCGAAUCUUCCCCCCUCUUCCACGAUUCCACCGGCACUUAUAAAAAAGCAGGACCAAUUCUCCUACUCCACCCGAGCGAGCAACCAGUUUACUCCUAAAUCUCGUCGAUGGCGCCGCCGUCGCCCAUCACGUGCCGCCCCUCCGCGGCGCGGCAUCCGCUGCUACUCCGCGUCCCCACGGCGCGCGCCGCGACGCUGGGGCUGGGUCUCGGGCUGCCGAGGACGGAGGCUGUUGUUGCGCUGCGGGCGCACGUGCGGCGGAUCGAGGCGGAGCCCUGGGCGUCAGCGUUGGUUGCGGUGAGCAGGAACAGGAGAGAGGAGGCAGUGAGGUGCGCGGCGGCGGGGGAGGUGACGGGGAGUACUGGGGUGGGGAGGAGUGCGGGCAUGGAGGUGGCCCUGGCUGCCGCGGCCGUCGUGGCCAUGGGCACGGGGAACCGCGUCCUCUACAAGCUAGCGCUCGUGCCGCUCCGCCAGUACCCCUUCUUCCUCGCGCAGUUCGCCACGUUCGGCUAUGUAGUUGUCUAUUUCUCGAUCCUGUAUCUUCGUUAUCAAGCUGGUAUUGUCACCGAUGAGAUGCUGUCUCUACCACAGAAACCUUUUCUAGUUGUAGGACUCUUGGAGGCCUUUGCAGCAGCAUCAGGGAUGGCUGCUGGAGCUGUUCUUUCUGGGGCUUCAAUACCGAUACUGUCACAGACUUAUCUUGUUUGGCAGCUUCUUCUAUCUGCUAUCUUUUUGAAGAGGCGCUACAGAAUCAACGAGAUAACUGGAUGCUUUCUAGUGGCUGUCGGUGUCAUAAUAACUGUAGCAAGUGGAUCUGGUACCGGUGCUUCAUUAAAAAGUACCGGAAUUUUAUGGCCACUACUAAUGAUAAUAUCAUUCUUUCUCCAAGCUGCUGAUACUGUAUUGAAGGAAAUUAUAUUUAUAGACGCUGCUAAGAAACUGAAGGGUGGCUCAGUUGAUCUUUUUGUUGUCAACUCGUAUGGCUCUGCUUAUCAAGCUCUUUUUAUGUGUCUCUUGCUGCCUUUCCUGUCAAAAUUAUGGGGAGUUCCAUUCCAUCUACUGCCAACAUACAUCAAAGAUGGUGCAGCUUGCUUCCUAAACAUGGGAUCACUAUCUUCUGGUUGUGAAGGGGCACCACUACUUCCACUACUAUUUGUGUUGGUCAAUAUGGGAUUCAAUAUAUCAUUACUACACCUACUAAAGAUCUCUUCGGCAGUUGUAUCUUCCCUGGCCUCUACAUUCUCAGUUCCGCUGUCCAUCUACGCUUUCACCUUACCACUGCCUUACAUCGGUGUGGCAUCAUCUCUCCCACCUGGCUUUGUUGCUGGUGCAGCGGUACUCACUGCCGGCUUACUAGUGUACAGCCUCCCACAGGGACAACAUUCUGGAAAUUCUUUCCGCAACAGGAAUGACUAGUUAGCAAUAGUAUUCUUUUCUUUAUUGAUCUACCACCAUUUACUAUGGUGCUUGAUCUGGGCUUGAAAGGUAGAACAGAAGUUCUCCUGAAUCCCAUCUGACUGUUGUAUUUUGUAUGGUACAUAUCAUAUAUACCCAAUAAAAGCGGGGAAAUGGCACACGGAUAGGUAAUAAAUCUUUAGAGCAGGAAGUACCUGGCAAUCAGACAUUGUUGAAUGAAUGUCGGAGAUGGGCAUGCACCGUUGUGUGAGGCGGGAAGAGAAUCAGGGAGAAGAGCAAGAGGAGCAUCACCACAGGGACAAAGAGAAGGAAUGGCGGCGGCGGCGGAAGCGGUGGCAGCACCAAUGGCAACCACAGGAGAAUCAUCGCCGCCGCCAGCAUCAUCAUCAGGACACCCUUGUUCAUCGUCGUCUCCAGCCUGCAGUGUGAAGGAACUUCUGCCCCUCCUCCAAUGGCUAACUGGAUCCAGCCUUAGAUGUCCAUGCUUUUUGUGAGGAAGUGUUGUAUGUCUUGAGACAAUGUUGUAUGAUUAUAUCCAGUGAAACUGGAAAAAUGGCAAGCUAUAUAUGGCCAGCGUGAAGUAGCAGGGCCAGAUGGGGUGUUAUAUUUGAA